UAAAGAAAUGAGUAAGGCGGAGCUGUAGACUUGGCCAAAGGUUCUUUUGCCUGCAUGAGCCUAGUUAGUAUAUUGGAGGUAAACAAUUGCGCAGAUGACUGAGUUUUAACUGAAGAAGGGCUGUACAUUUUGUUUAAAGAAGUCUGAAGAUGUCAAAAUACCUGAAGCAUUUCAGUACUGUAGGUGAUGACUACCGGAAAUGGCAUGAAGAGGAGGAGGAAGAAGACAAUUCAGUUGGUCCUGAAACUUUGCAACCCGAGACAUCACCUCCAGAAUUGUUAUCAUUCCGAAAUGCUCUAAAAUGCCUUCUUUCAUCUUACAGAUUUCAGGUAGCAGUUAUUUUUUUAGUCAUUCUUGAUGCUGUCUUCGUUCUGUGCGAGUUGCUUAUUGAUGUGGAAAUCAUCAAAUCUGAUAAAAAUCAAAUAUUAGCCCAGGUAUUCCAUUAUCUCAGCUUGUCUAUUCUGACUUUCUUCAUAAUAGAAAUUUCUGGCAAAAUUUAUGCCUUCCGGAUGGAAUUUUUUCACCACAAGUUUGAAGUUUUUGAUGCUGUUAUAGUUUUGAUAUCAUUUGUUCUCGACAUUGUUUUUGCUAUACACGAGACUGCUUUUACUGGGAUUGAACUGCUGAUAAUUCUUCGAUUAUGGAGAGUAGCAAGAAUCGUAAAUGGAGUUGUACUGUCAGUAAAAGCCCAGGCCAAUAGAAAAAUAGCCGAAUUAAAGGAAGCCAAUGCAGGACUUACAAAUUCCAUUAAUGAACUUCAGCAGCGAUGUGCACAACAGGAACAAGAAAUUAACAGGCUACACAGCUUACUGGAGAAAUAUAGCAUUAAUUACAAGAUGAACUGACCUGAAGAUUUUAGCUUCAUUUGUAUAAAGAGCACAGCGAAUAUGCUCUUGACUGGAUCUCAGUGGAUACUUUAUUAUAGUUUUGUGCUUGUUACUUAUCUGACAGAACUAAAGAAACAUCAGUUGAACUACAGAAGAUAAGUGACUGUUUGCAUAUGCCUAUGCAUCUUCAGAUGCAAAACACACCCUGGAACGUGUUUGUUAUGAGAAGGAACUUUUUUCUUUACAAUUAAAACAUCAUGCCAUGCAUCUGCUAGUCAGAACAGUAUAACUCAUGGAUAAAUUGUGAACAGCUUCUAGCUAUGGUGUGGAGUGUGGACUGCCCAUCUGGUCCCAUUGUAAAAUAUUUUGUAACCAUCACCCCCCCACACACACAUAGAUUUAAAUAAAUAAAAUGUGAAAAACAGGUUACAAUUAUGCCAGUCAUAAUGCCAUGUCAGUAACACCUUCACAAUCAGUAGGCAGUUUUCAGAACUCCUCUAAACAAGUUGUCUUAACCAGAAAGUUUGCCCCUUUCAACAGCUUAUGGUAGCAAAGACGUAGACAUAAGAAGAGGGAGUAUCUUCCAACAGUUCUCUCAGGAGAGACCAGAAUUCUUGUCUUCUAUUACAUUUUUUGGAGUUUCUGUUAGAACAAUAGAAAGUAAAGGCUCGCUGCUUGACACUGAGCCCUUUUCCUUGUGGCUUGGAGGUGGAAACUGAACAAGUUUUCAGCAGCUAGUUUUAUGAAUUGGCAUUUUGACUCAUUUUCCAAAAAAUAAAAAGGAAGAAGAAAUUCUCUGAAGUGUUAGCUGCUAGGCGUACUUCUCCUUACCCCAUGUGCUAAAGUUGGUUAUGAAAGGUGUUGUCUGUUACAUCCCUCAUGCAAAAUAACGUUCUUCUAAUGUUGCUUAGAAAUGUGGUUGUCAAUCAAAAUGGCAUUCUAAGAAAGUCAUUUUUCUAAACUAACUUAAGCCCCUUGGAUUUUGAUAUUCCGAUCAGAGUUAGCUCACAUUGUUACACAGAACUGGUUAAGAUGUUGAAACAAACCAGAAAGCUUUUCUAAGUAAUAAAUAUUCUCUCUCUCGUGUUUUAA